CAUAUACCCUUUCUUCAAUUAUAUCCCGUCUCCAAUCUCAUCUCAUCCCACUGUAUCCCAAGAUUUAGACUUUCGGGUCAUUUCUGUUGCUUCUAUAUGGCUUCUAGAUCGUUUGAUCUGGUCUGGAAUGAUCUGAUCUGAUCUGAUACUUAUGCAGUUGAUCGCAUAGGCCCGGCGUCGAGACUGUGGCUGUGGCGGAGGAGAGUGGACGGAGUAUCGAGAGGAUACGACUCAUGAUGAAGGAGGGCGGGUUCUCAUUUGCUCUGUCAAGAAAUUACCCGACAGAGGAACGAAUUAACAACAACGACAACGAUAGCGAGUGCGAUAUGGACAGGAAUGACGAGGUGGUCAAGGCAAAAGUGAUUGGGUUCAUUGGCAUCACGAGCCCGCCGCAGAUAUUCUACAUUUUCCAACGCGAGUCUUGGGGGAGGGGGUACGCCACUGAGGCGUUGCGGGCGUUUUUAGGGGCGUAUUGGGCUGCUGGGAAAGAGGUCUCCGAUGGUGGUGCCAACGGGCCCGACGGCAGACGGAGUCUGUCAUCAACGCCGGAGAACGAGACCCAGAGAGUAUGGCAUGGAGAGGAAGAACUUUGUGAUGUGUUGGAGGCGCCUGUCCAUGAUGGAAACGUGGGCAGUCAAACGGUGCUGCGGAGGUGCGGGUUCGAGUUUGCGUGGGAGACGGUCACGUCUGCGCAUGGACGGGAUGAUGUUAGGUGUAUGGUGUAUCGGAUAGAGCGACCGAGAGGAUGAGGAUCUGUCGAAUUGUUCGUGUAAGACGUGGUCACGUAAGGAGGCCACUAGAGUAAAUGAAGG